AUAUAAAGACGAUGUAGAUAUAUUUUUAUUUUUAUUUUUAUUUUUAUUUCAAAGAAGCAUGGGGUUUUGUUGUGUUUCAACUUUCAAAUGAGGUUGCAAUAUAAAUAAGUGAAGAUCUCCCGCGCUAAAAGAGGACCUACAAAAUUCAGAAAACCCGCCAUUUCAACUAGGGCUCCGAGCUUCUUUCUCUUGCUCUCUUUAGGUCUGAUGAAAAUGAGCUCUCCGAAUGACGAGGUGAUGGACCACUUCACGAGGGAGAACGAGCCCACUAUGAUGGAUAUCGAGCGAUCGGAUGCUAUCGAAGAAGACGAUCCGUUUCUUAAAUUCAUCGACUACGCUAAAUCGAUUUUGUACGAGAUUGCUGGUCAAUCAGAGGAGGAAGACCCCAUGCGGUGUCCGAGCUGGAGCUGGAUCGCGACUCGGAUUCUCAGAACCUGUGUCGCGUAUUCGAGCGGCGUGACGCCUGCUAUUCUCCUCUCUGAGCUUUCUCUGGCCUGGAAUGAGCAAAACAAAAGUGGAGCUCCGAAAAAACAGUCUGAUGUUAUUGCCAAGUUGAAGAAGAAGCACAAGAGAGGGAAGCUAGCGAACACUAUUACAAUUGAUUCAAUAUAUGAGAAAAAAUUCUUACAGUUGAGCAGUGUGAUUGAAGCAAUUAUAGUUGAUGCUUUUGUUCUCCCAGGAACAGAUAUUUGCAUGCUGACUUUGGGUGAUAUCUGGAGCUCCAACACUAUAGAUCUGUAUCUUCAUGGGAGGUUCUAUAAUAUUGCUGAUCCGAGAACUGGUCUUCUGAAGAAAGGCAGGGAAGUUCUCUUGACUGGGUGCUAUCUUCGGAUUUCCGCAGGGAGUUCAGGAUGCCCACGCCUUUUGCCUACUGAAUAUUUUGUUGUACUGUUGGAUGAGGAUGAAGAUUAUGAUGCCAUGCUUCUUGGAGCACAAUUUUGUGCUGAUUCGUUUUCUUCAAUUUCUCUUGAUGAAGUAAAUGAAGGAGCCUCGCUUUCACUGUAUGCAAGAAUUGAACAUAUAGGACCAUUGGAAGUCCUGGGUAAAUAUGGCAGUUUACAGAGGAAACAAAUUACUCUUGUUGAUAAUGAUGGUGUGAGAUUAAAUUUUUCUCUCUGGGGAGAGCAGGUACUCAUUGCCAAUCUGUUCAGCAUUGGAAGUAUGCUUGCGUUGGAUAAGCCAUUCAUUAAUAGUUCCCUUGAAACAAGCAAUGAACUUUGCCUGGAAUAUGGUAGUGCGACUCAGCUAUAUUUGGUGCCUAUUAUUUCGCACAAAGAACAAGUCUCCGUAGCACUGACACAGAACCAUUUUCAAGGAUCAAGACUGCUAAACUCCUCAAAUUUGAGCGAGGGACCAUUAGUUUCUCAAGUGACGUUACCUUGUGAUUCUCACGGUUCCAUUGACUUCAACAAUUACCCCUUUCGAUCAUAUGUUGUUGAUCUACGAGAUAAAAUGAUGGGGAUUAGCAUAUACGGUAUUGUUACAGACAUAAGAGCAUCUAAAGACAUUUUCUCUCUGAGGAUUGAAGAUGCUACUGGAGCAAUAUGGGCAAAGCUACACUUUGUAAAAUCUUGGUCACUUGGGAAACUAGGGAAAGGCCACACAGUCUACAUAUCUGGUUUAAGCUCUUCACUUACUCCGCGAAAGAGUCUUGAAUUAUCAUGGUAUGAGAAUAGUGGUGGAUCAUCAUUCUUUAACUUGAGCUGCUUGCUAGCUUUCCUCAACACGCCAACUCUUCACAGAUUAUUGUCCCUCUCUGAUCUAUCCAUCCAUACAAGGGGUGUGCAAGUAUGUCGAGUGUGGCUAGAUCAGAUCGAACAUUGCCACGUGGAUACGAGAUUUAUGCACACAAUUUGUGGUCAUCUUGUUGAGAAAGCACCUAAUGUAGAGGUUGAAUGCAAAUUCUGUGGCAGAGGUUGCGACGGCGAAGUGGAAUGUACGUUCCGUCUGGAAGUUACUAUUGCGGAUGAGACGGGAAAGGUCUUCGCUUCGUGUGUAGGCCAAACUGCUGCCGAGCUACUGCAGAUUUCACCCGAUGAGUUCGCUCAGUUGCCCGAGGAGGAACAAAUCAUGUAUCCGUCGUCACUCGAACAGGAAAAGUUCGUCAUAGCAAUCGUCAACUGCAGGAGGAAACAACGGUGUGAAGGAUUUAUGGCGCAAGAUCAAAGCACGGCUGAUUGGGAAGUUACUCGCGCAAUCAAGUGUUGCGAGUAAAUCGAUCAAUGUUUCUCUAUAUGUAUGCAAACGAGUUGGCAACGAACGAAAACUUUUUGAUGAUAUAAUAAGGCAUAAUUAAUAUUUUUUGCUAAAAAUUGAA